AUCAACACUAAAACCCUGAGCGGGCAAAUACACUUUUCGAACCCUAGAAAGUUCUCUCUCACACACGCUCUCUUUCCCUCUAGCGCUGCUCAGAGACCAAGAAUUUCGCUGUUUCUACAACCCUAAUUUCUUCAUCUUUCAACAGCAAUGGAGUUUUGGGGUGUUGAAGUCAAACCUGGUGUACCUCAUAAGGUUACCUUUACUGAAAACCGCCUUAUUCAUAUCUCGCAGGCUGCACUUGGGGAAACAAAGAAGGGGAAUGAGAAUGUUGUCCUCUUUGUUAACUUUAAUGGAAAGAAGCUGGUGGUGGGAACACUUUCGAUGGACAAAUGUCCUCAAAUUCAAUGUGAUUUGGUUUUUGAGAAAGAGUUUGAGCUAUGUCACAACUCGAAAAAUGGGAGUGUUUACUUCAGUGGCUACAAAGGUUUCCUGGGUCCUGAAUCACCUUCAGAUGAUUCUGAUGAUUCUGAUAGCGAUGAUGAAAUUCCGCUUGUUGCAAAUGGAAAACCUGAGCCACUUGAAGGUUCUAAGGUCGGUUCUUCCGAAGCUAAACCAAAGGUGAAAAUAGUAGAACCAAAAAAGGGUGAUGAAAGUGAAGAUGAUGAUUCUGAGGAUAGUUCUGAUGAGGAGGAAUCAGAUGAAGAGGAUAAUAAAGGAGCUUCUGAUGGCACCAACGACGAAGAUGAAAGUGAUGAUGACGAAGAUGAAAGUGAUGAUGAUAGUGAUGAUGAUACUCCAGACAAGGCUAAGAAGAGAAACAAGAGAUCUGCUGAGACUUCUGCAUCUAAAACCCCUGCUGACAAGAAGGCUAAAUUGAUGAGUACGCCUCAGAAAUCUGGUGCUGAUGGAAAGAAGGGAUCCGGGGUCCAUAUAGCAACUCCUCAUCCUGCUAAGAAGGCUGGUAAGGGUGACAAAUCAAAGCAAGAAACUCCGAAAUCUGCUGCCACUCCAGUCUCAUGCAACACUUGUAGCAAGACAUUCAACUCAGAGAAGGGCCUAGAAUCUCAUACCAAGGCAAAGCAUUGAAGCUGAAGAGCGCAGAACUGUAAAUCAGGCUAUAUCUCACCAUCUUCUAGUUAAUAGUCUCUUUUUUUUUUUUUUUUGGAAAUAUGUGAAGGUUCUUAUCAAAUGAGAUUUGGAACUCAUUCAUCUAUGAAUCCUUUCUUUUGAAACAUAUCUGAAGGGCUUGUGAAAUGAAAUAUUGAAACUCCAGUGGUUAUAAUCUUUUCUUUGCGAUACAUGCCAAUGUUUUUA